CGUCCAAACUUAACCGUUUGAGAGUAAAGCGAUCAUGGGCUCUUCUUCUAGAAAUCUCUAUGCAGGAAUUGGAGAAGGUCAAUCAACUUCUAGGCCACCACUCUUUGAUGGCACCAACUACUCUUAUUGGAAGGAACGGAUGAGAAUCUACAUUCGUUCCACCAACUUCCAAUUGUAGUUGGUGAUCAAAAAUGGCGAGGAAAUCCCUAUGAAGAAAGUGGGAGAAACCACGGUCCCAAAGACCGAAAACGAAUUUGAUGCCGAGGACAUCAAGAAGAUUGAAAACUAUGCAAAGGCCAUCAAUAUGCUAUAUUGCGCGGUCAACCCCGAUGACUACCGAAAGAUCUCCUGUUGCACAACCGCCAAGGAGAUGUGGGACAAGCUUGAGGUGAUGUACGAAGGUACCGAUCAAGUUCGCGAAGCCAAGAUCGACUUUCUCACCCAAGAGUACGAAAUGUUCCGGAUGAAAGAAGGUGAGAAAAUUGAUGACAUGUUCGACCGGUUCUCAAAGAUCAUCAACGAUCUUCAUGCUCUCAAAAAGACUUACACCAACAAGGAUCUCAUGAGGAAAAUCCUGCGAAGCCUCACACCCGAAUGGAGGUCAAAAGCCGAUGCAAUCUAUGAAUCCAUUGGAGUCUCCAACGUCACCAUCGACAGGCUAAGAGGUAACCUUAAAACCUAUGAAUCUACUAUUCUAACCCCGUCUUUGGAUGAACAAAAGAAAAAGGGGAUAGCUCUCAAAGCCACCAAGGAACCGGUGGAAGAGGCUUCAAGCGAUGACGACAAUGAAUUUGGGCUCGUCAUCAAGAAGUUCCACAAGUUCAUGAAGAAGGAAUUUGAGCGGAAGGGAAGGAAGCACGACGGUCCUCCCAGGUGCUACGGCUGUGGCGAGAUUGGCCACAUCAAGCCAAGGUGUCCAAAGGCCAAACACGGCAAGGAUAAGCCUGGCUUCAAGAAGCAAAGGGCCUACAUCUCUUGGGGUGGCGAUUCCGGUGACGAAUCAACCGACCAAGAGGAGGACGAAGAUGCAAAUCUCUGCCUCAUGGCGCAUGAAGAUCAAAGCGACAACGUCCAAGAGGUAUGUACCCCGUCCAUGAAGUCAGGGGGAACCAUGCAAACAGCGCUGUCUAGGAGGCACAACAGCGCUGUUGAGAGAAACACCGUCAUCCAGAAAGACAAGAGCAGAGCAGGCACUUCUGGGAAAUCAAAGUCCAAAUCCCGGGUGCCUACAUCAUCCUCCGAGGAGCGCCUCUACUAUGGCGACGGGUCAUACCUUUGGUUUGAUUCCGAGGAGGAGCGCACCCGUUUCCUCAACAACGAGGGCCUUAUCCUCAACGAGCUUGGCAUCACCGAGCUCAUCCGCCAUGCCUCGGGCCGCCCCACCAUCCACUCCGCUAACCCUGAUGGCCGUCUUCAUCUCCACAUCGUCUCCCGGAUCAUCAAACCCAGGAUGCACGGCCACACCAUCAUGUCCGGUGAAGAUCUCAAGCUCAUCCAUGCAAUCAUGCACUCGGCCCCAAUCAAUUGGGCAAAGUUUGCCAUGAUCAACAUGACGAUUGCCGCGUCCACCGACCACGACCACCUCCUCCCGUACCCGUUCGUGGUGAUGGACAUCCUUGAACGGUUCAAGGUGACCACCACCGUUGGCCCACUCACAAAGGCCACGAACCUUCAAGAAGCGGUCGGACAACGCCGGACCUGCCACUGCCGUGCAACGACGCCGUUCUGCUGCUGGCCCAGCCGAAGCCCAAGCCCUGGCCAACCUUGCCUCCAUCGCCGACUCCCUCAACCGGCUUCACUUCAAAGUUGACGGGAUGGAUGGCUACCUUGAGCGGCUCGACGAGGCUGUUUAACACCAAGGGCACGCCAUGAACGCAUACUUCUAACGCG